AUGCCCCCAGAGGGGUCGGGCGACCAAACGACUUCCGUAAACCAAGUCUGCAUAGAGUUCAGGUUCAGCAAAAUACCACGGUCCUCAAAUGGACUUGUAUUUGGAUGCGGCAAGGAAUCUGGUGCCGUCCUGCCUGAUAUAGAUGGUGUUAGCAACGAACACUUCAGCGUAACAUUCGACAGUCAACAUCGGCUCAUCGUGAAAGACUUGGACUCUCUUUACGGAACCCGGGUCACUUAUAACGACGGGGCUGGGAUACACAAACAAAUUCAGUUUAAAAUUAUUGCUGUGAAACAUAAUGUCAACUCACAAGCAUACAAGGAGAAAGUCAAAAAAUGCUGUCUCGGCAGUGUCGGCAAUGCCAGCACCGAGGCACUCCUCAAUCUCCUGAAUUUUCUCUCUCUACCCGACACAAGACGGCAGACUGGAGCACACACGCCAAGUACCGAGCCAAUUUACCUGAGACGAGUGCUUGGAAGGGGAGGCGAGGGCCCCCAGAGCGUGUCUGUCCUGCGCCAAAUUCUCUCCGCCUUGACAUACCUGCAUGGGACAAGCCCUAGAAUCGUGCACCGGGACAUUAAGCCUGCGAAUAUUCUGGUACGCGAACACACUCCCCAUGGAAUCACAGUCGUGCUCGGGGACAUAUUCCGGCAGGAAGACUCAAGUGUCUAUUUCACCCCCAACACUGGGGAGGCGGCAGCCAUGCUAGGCGAAGAGCUCAACGGUGAACCUUCAACUAGUCAAAUCACUCUCCAAGCCACACCAAGAUACUUGACUCCUGCAAUGACUUGGUCAACAUCUGGCAGACAUCCAGGCCCCCAUCGCUCACCUCUUCCCAACUCAUCUUCUCAGAUCGUGAAGGGCGAACAAGACGGAGACAAGUCCUUGCCAAGCUCUGCCAGACUAUCGCCGUCAUUGUACCCAAGUGCCAGAACAUCACUGAGGCGACCGGUUGAAGGCGUGGCUCUACAGGGCCGCAGUUCGAAGCGCCAGGAUCGAGGUUCGACCUCGCAACUGCCUGGCUACUCUGGUGCUCCAUUGCCUGACACAGAAGAAGUCGACGAAACAUUCCCACAGGCAGCUCCGUCUCAGGGUUAG